AUGUCGGAUAACAAUAACUUUGGAGGCCAAAUGACCUCCACUGGACAAUUACUACUUCCGGACACUAAUGAGCUGGCCGUGCAAGAUUUUGAGAUUAUCCAAUGCAAGUCCAACGAGACCGUCACCGUCCAGUACUUUUGUAACAAGCAGGGCGAGCCAGUAUACUUCCCAGACCGCACGCUGGCAACACUGCUGCAGGUCAACCUGUCCACGCUGCGCGGCCGCUUUAACCGCCUCACCAAGAAGCACCCAGGUUUCCGUCUGCUGAUCAGCGAGAAGUCCAAGUCGCGCCUCACCUCAUUGCACUUUAUCGACAAGUACUACGACCCCCUGCUCGGUGGUCAUCAGAUGGGCGGCAACAAGUCGCCACCACACGGCUCCAUCGCCAUGGCCGAGUCGCACUCGUCUCCCACACUCCUGUCGUCCUCAAGUGGCAGCAACAGGAUCGCGUAUGGCGCGCCAGGCGGCGGUGCUUCCACAAACAACCUUCUGUUGGGCGGCGCUGGCAGUGGCAACGCAGCCAACAUGCCCGACGACGAUGGACAUGGCAACUACUCAACACAGCUGCAUGGUCUCAUUGCACUCAAUCACAUCACCCUGGUCAACCAUGCUCUCUCUGAGUGGAUCGCGCACAACUACGAGCGUCUGGGAACAUCACUGCGCGAGAUCGAGUCCAACCUGACCCGCGCACAGCUCUCCUUCACGCGCACAGGCGACGUCAUCACACUGCAUCAACGCAAGUUCUAUCCAUCGUCGGCCCUGUCACCACUCUCCUUCUCGGCCAACUCAAUGAUGUCAAUGUCCAACAUGUCCAGCGCGGCAGCAGCCGCAGCGGCCUCAUCACAUCUCUCUCCCAAACUCAGCGCUCUCACAUUCUUGGCUGCAUCGUCCUCAUCAACCUCGUCCUCUGGUUACAACACACCUUCAAUGCCACUCACUCCCACCUCGACACCAUCGUCGGCUUCCAUCCAUAACUUCCUCAACCCGACCAUCAACAUGAACAUGAACAUGGGCAUGUUGCCAACAACUACCUCCACCACCAACACUGAUGGCUACUGUAUAUACACACCAAACAACAUCAACAACAACAAUGGCUUCGACGCCAACUACCUUACUCAACAACGCUACAUUUCACACAACGCCAGCUACCAACAGGGCAUGCCCCUGAUGGCGCCCUUCCGAUCAGCACCAUCACCAACCGCCACACCUACAUCCUCAUCCAUCAACAACAAUAUAUAUGAUAGAUACCCAUUCGACACGCCAACAUACUUCAAUCAAUCAAACAACAACAACGCAUCAUCAUCAAUCAACUCAUCUCCACUGCGCCCAUCUCAGUCGAUUGAGGACCUCCUCGAUCACUCCCACUCCAACAACACCUACGCCAACAACAACGUCAACUACAACACCAAUAACGCCAGCUCCAAGAAGAGGAGCAAUGACUCGGACUGCUCAAGCAGCAGUGAUAAUGAGCUUUCAUCGCCAUCACUGCUUAAGCGCCUCAAGCAAGACCCGGUCAGCCUGUCAACCGUCAUCAAAUGUAAACUCGUUGAUGAUGAUGCCUACAAGAAGGUGGACAUAUCCACGCUGAGCGGCUUCCAAUCGCUACGCGACUGCCUGGCGUCAAUGUUCACCAACAUCAGCCAAUCGUUCGUCGUCUGCUACCACGACGCCGAGAACGACUUUGUCGAGAUCAACGAGCACGAGGACGACUGGGCCGACUUUAGCAAGACCGUGCGCAAGAUCGUCAUCAAGCCUUCAUUGGCACGCUCGUCCGCCUCUCUCAUGUCACUGAUCAACUCACCCAGCCGCUCAUGCUCAGCCACCGCCUACAUGUCCAAGGCGCCAGUGUCCGUCACACCCAGCUCCAGUGCUCUUGUCACUCCUCCAUCAAUGGCGCUCAAGAACAUCUUGUGUGAAUAA